AUCCGUGAUAGUUUAGUGGCUAGAAUUACCGUUUGUCGCAUGGUAGACCGGGGUUCAAUUCCCCGUCGCGGAGCAUUUUCUUACCAUUCACUGCGCAAAUGGUUUAGUGGUAAAAUCCAACGUUGCCAUCGUUGGGCCCCCGGUUCGAUUCCGGGUUUGCGCAUUUGUUUUUUGCAUAUUUUUAAUGCUAUAAAUACCCUUAGAAUAGUCUCUUUGCCGUGUUCGUUAGGCUUAAACCCUCAAAAUGACUGUAAAUCUCUAACAAAAAUGAAUUACCACCAGGGAGAAAAAAUUCGCGAGACGCACUUAACACUGGGUGUACGGAUGUCUUCCCCACGGAUUCAAAAAGUACAUUUUGCAGCUUUUCAAUAAAUCAUUUUUAUUUUGGACUUUUUAUUUUUAACUAUAUAUCAUAUGUAUCAUAGAAACUAUAUAUCAAGCUUCACCCCCAAGACCAAAGGCCGUUGGAGUACCAGUCUAAAUCAAAUUCAUGUUUGUUGCUACCAAACAAUCUAACCAUCGGUAAAAUGUUCAAUUCUGAUGAGGCAUCAGUAAUGAAUUUAACCUUAUCAUCCGAGGAGGCU